AUGAAGUCCAGGAUGGGCUCCUCGCAGGCACCCAGGACGGGGUGUGUGGGAGGGCAAGGGGUGAUGGCCCUGCUGCUGGCUGGCCUCCUCCUUCCAGGGACUUUGGCUAAAAGCAUUGGGACCUUCUCAGACCCCUGUAAGGACCCCACGCGUAUCACCUCCCCCAAUGACCCCUGUCUUAUUGGGAAGGAUGGCUCCAGCAACUUCAUUUCCAGUUCUGGUGGCUCCAGUGGCUCCAGCAGCUCCAGCAGUGGCUCCAGCAGUGGCUCCAGCAGUGGCUCCAGCAGUGGCUCCAGCAGUGGAUCCAGCGGUGGCUCCAGUGGUGGCUCCAGCGGUGGCUCCAGUGGUUCUAGCAUCUCCGGUGGCUCAAGUGCUUUCAGCAGUGACUACAGCGGUGGCUCCAGUGGAUCCAGUGUUGCCCAGAGUGGUUCUUCAGGAUCUGUGUUAUUUAAGCCAGGGACGGGGUAUUCCCAGGGCAGCUAUUCCUCUGGAUCUGGCUCUAGUCUACACAGUGCCUCCAGCUACUCCCAGUCAGGCAGCAGCUUCCAGUCAGUGUCUGGACCAGCUCUAUCAACCAAUGGUGGUUCUUCUCACUUUGUGAUAAACUCUUCCCCGUCUGGAGGAGGCUCAAGCUCCUCUGUUUCCCAAGCUUCCCAGAUAUCCAGCAAUGGCGGCCAAAGGGUCAACUCUAACUUACGACCCUGUAGUUCGGAUGUCCCUGACUCUCCCUGCAGUGGGGGGCCUGUUGUCUCACACUCCAGCUCCUACAUCUCCGGCUCUCACUCCGUGUCAGGGGGUCAAAGGCCAGUGGUGGUGGUGGUGGAGCAGCAUGGCUCUGGUGGCCCUGGAGUGGUUCAGGCUGUCCCCUGUAGCAACGGUGGCCUUUCAGGCAAGCCCUGUCCCCCCAUCACCUCUGUACAUGACUCCUAUGGCAGCUAUGAAGUGGUGGGUGGCUCCUCUAAUAGUUAUCUGGCCCCAGGCAUGACUUACAGUGGGGGCAAAAUCUACCCAGUGGGAUACUUCACCAAAGAUAACCCUGUCAGAGGCUCCCCAGGAGUGCCUGCCUUUGCAGCUGGGUCCCCCAUCUCUGAGGGAAAAUACUUCUCCAGCAACCCCAUCAUCCCCAGCCACAGCUCCUCCAGUGCCAGCAUUGCUUCCUCGGCCAUUGUGUUCCAGCCAGCGGGCUCGGGUGGGGUCCAGCCCUGUGCAGGUGGUUCCUUAAGCUCAGGGGGCCCCUGUUCCCUCUCCAGUUCUGGAGUCCACGGCAGCCCCAGUAUCUCUGGCAGUUCUGGGUCACGCUCCCACCCCUGUGGCAGUUUUUCCCAGGGGCCCUGUUCCCCACCUGGCACAGGCUCGCUCAGCCACAGCUCCACCUCCCAAUCUAGCAGCAAAAUCAUUCUUCAGCCCUGUGGCAGCAAGUCCAGCUCUGCUGGUCACCCUUGCAUUUCUGUCUCUUCCUCAGUAUUGAAUGAGGGUCACAAUGGCUCUCCCCAGUCUGGUCCCUCAGCUGUUGCCCAGCCCUGCGGCAGCUCUGGAAAGAUGCCUUGCCGCUCCAUCCGGGACAUACUGGCCCAGGUGAAUCCCCUGGGGCCCCAGCUAGCUGACCCUAAAGUCUUCCUACCCCAGGGACAGUUACAUGGCAGUUCGUAAGUCACUUUUGUAGCAUGCAUUUGUGACACCCCCCCCUCCAGCUCCCCAGAGAGCUGCUCUGCUUCUUCCACUGCCCAGUGUAGCACAUUCCCCCUUAUCUCGUCUUCUUUCUUCACCUUCCCAGACCGUGGGUGCCAAAUCCCUUCCCUUUUUCUCUCCAGCUGUGUAGAAUCCCAGCUUUCUUCGGUGCCCUCCCUGCCCCAUAUCCACUCCCUAAAAUUUUCUCUGACAUUUUUUUGAGACAUGACAGACAGUUCAUUGGCUAGUCCUGACCAUUCAGAUUGUUGACUGGGAAACCCUGAAAUGUCCCAGAGUAACUCUAAUGCCUGGGAAAGUCAUCUUCUCUUCUCUCCUUUAGAUGGAUAAAGCACCGUCCAAACCAUCUGAAAAUAAUUACCACUUUCACUGACUGUCAUCUGGUCAACCAACGAGAUCUGUUCUAGGUUCUCACCCCCACUCCCAUUCCACUCCUGACCUCCAUUUUCAAGCUCCCUACAUCCUCUGUGAAUUCCAGCACCCACUUGCCUCACAAGGUCUCCAUCUCGAUCCCUGUCUUGGCUGCCACCUCCCUCAUUUUUAGAUGUUUUUCUGUGAAAGGGAGGUGCAGGGCCUAUGAGGAGACCCAAGCAGGCUCCUUGC